UAAAGCGCAUAAUCCCGGUAAUCUGGCACGACAUGCAAGCUGCUACACACGGAAUAGCAGCUGAAACCCAAAUGGCUCUGUCUUUGCUCUAAAUAAGUGCCCACGUAGGGUUUAAGAUGAUACAUCAGUCUUCUUGUGCACUAUAUAUGUAUGAAAGUAGGCGGUUCGGACACACAAGGCUGCUUGCUGUCAGGAAGGAAGUUUUGGUCGGUCUCCAGCCUGAGGAUUAAACUGCAGGGGAACGACUUUACACGUCGUGCGUAAAAACGGCUUAAAGUCAUAGGAUAAUGUGACAGAUUUAUAACUCUUCAGUACGUUAGUGGUGGAAGUGUGAAAGGGGAAGAGGACUCGUAAACACACACACACACACACACACACACACACACACACACACACACACACACACACACACACACACACACACACACACACACACACAAUGGAAGUUGAAGCACUGGUGAUCCUGUGACGCAUCUGAACGCAGCACGUACAGAAGGACAGAAGAUGGAGAACAGUGGCUUCUAUAAUGACAACUACAACAGUGGAAGCAGUGAUGAUGACCUGGUUGACCUCAGUGGCACAGCUCAGGAUCUCCUCGAAGAUAUGCCAUACGACGAGUGGGACCACAACUCGGGCUACAGUACAGGAGGAGGCCGUGGACACAAUGGCACUGCAAAGCUGCUGGAUCUGUUAGACGAUGGGUUGCAUGCGGUGGGAACAUACGAUGAUUUCAACACCAUCGACUGGGUGAGGGAGAAAUCCAAGGACCGAGAUCGUCACAGAGAGAUCAACAAGAAGAAAAGGCAGUCUGUACUGGAUCUUCUCUUGAGUGUGAGUGAUGCUUUCUCUGGCUGGCUCCUCAUGCUCCUCAUCGGCCUCACAUCAGGAGCACUAGCUGGAGGCAUAGACAUCACAGCUCAUUGGCUAACAGACCUGAAAGAGGGAGUGUGUCUGAACGGCUUCUGGUUCAACCACGAGCACUGCUGCUGGAACUCCAAAGAGACCACCUUCCAGGAGAGAGACAAGUGUCCACACUGGAAGAGCUGGGCUGAGCUCACGUUGGGAGUCAGUGAGGGGACGAGUGCCCAUGUGGUGAACUAUCUGCUGUAUGUGACCUGGGCUCUGCUUUUCUCAUACCUGGCUGUGGUCCUCGUCAGAGCCUUCGCCCCUUAUGCCUGCGGCUCAGGAAUCCCUGAGAUAAAGACCAUCCUAAGUGGGUUUAUAAUCCGGGGCUACUUAGGAAAAUGGACUCUAGUGAUAAAAACGAUCACACUCGUGCUGGCCGUGUCUUCAGGCCUCAGUCUGGGGAAAGAAGGUCCUCUAGUGCAUGUGGCCUGCUGCUGUGGAAACAUCCUCUGCCAUCUUUUCACCAAGUACCGCAAGAACGAGGCCAAGAGGAGGGAGGUUUUGUCAGCAGCCUCCGCUGUGGGCGUGUCUGUAGCGUUCGGAGCUCCUAUAGGAGGAGUUCUCUUCAGUCUGGAAGAGGUCAGCUACUACUUCCCCUUGAAGACAAUGUGGCGUUCGUUUUUCGCUGCUCUGGUAGCCGCCUUCACUCUACGCUCCAUCAAUCCCUUUGGCAACAGCCAACUCGUCCUCUUCCAUGUAGAGUUCCACACCCCAUGGCACCUUCUGGAGCUCUUCCCUUUCAUUUUGCUUGGUAUUUUUGGUGGUCUAUGGGGGGCAUUUUUCAUCCGGGCAAACAUUACCUGGUGUAGAUGGAGGAAGAACACACGCCUGGGCCACUACCCUGUGUUAGAGGUGGUGCUGGUGGCUCUGGCUACAGCAAUGUUGGCUUUUCCAAAUGACUUCACACGUAUGAGCGGCAGCCAUCUCAUCUCCGAGCUGUUCAACGACUGCAGCCUGCUCGACUCAUCCCAGCUGUGCGACUACAUCUCGCAAGUGCCUGGUAGAGCAGUGAAUGCCAACUUAAGUCAUGCUGCUAACUUCAGCAGCGGCCUGUCUGAAAGAGCCGCCGGGCCUGGAGUGUACACUGCCAUCUGGCAGCUGGCGCUAGCACUUGUCUUUAAGACGCUGAUUACUGUGGUUACAUUUGGCAUGAAGGUGCCCUCUGGUCUGUUUAUUCCCAGCAUGGCGGUGGGGGCGAUAGCGGGCAGACUGCUGGGCAUUGGCAUGGAGCAGCUGGUAUUCUACAACCACGACUGGUCCAUCUUGAGUGGCUGUCCAUCCAGCGCCAAAUGCAUCACUCCAGGCCUCUACGCCAUGCUUGGGGCAGCAGCAUGUCUGGCUGGUGUAACUCGGAUGACGGUGUCUCUGGUGGUCAUCAUGUUUGAGUUGACUGGAGGACUGGAGUACAUCGUGCCCCUUAUGGCAGCCACUAUGACCAGUAAGUGGGUGGCGGACGCACUUGGCAGAGAGGGCAUCUAUGAGGCGCACAUCCGGCUGAACGGCUACCCUUUCCUCGAGCCCAAGGAGGAGUUUAAGCACAAGACCCUGGCCAUGGAUGUAAUGCGUCCACAGCGUGCUGAUCCUCCACUUUCUGUCCUCAUGCAGAGUGGCAUGAGCGUGGACCAAGUGGAGGCCGUGAUCACAGAUACAUCAUACAGCGGUUUCCCUGUAGUCGUCUCCCAGGAGACUCAGAGGCUGGUGGGUUUUGUGCUGCGGAGGGACCUGGUUAUAUCAAUAGAUAAUGCACGGCGCAACCAGGAUGGCAUUGUGGGAGCAUCACAGGUCCUCUUUACAGAACAUACUCCGGCUCAGCCUUGCGAUGGUCCUCCUCCCCUCAGACUACGCAGUAUCAUGGACCUCAGUCCACUAGCCAUCACUGACCACACGCCCAUGGACAUCACAGUGGACAUCUUCCGCAAGCUCGGCCUACGCCAGUGCCUCGUCACACAGAAUGGGCGUUUGUUGGGGAUUAUCACUAAGAAGGACAUUUUGAAGCACAUGGCCCAGAUGACAAACAGAGACCCUGAGUCCAUCCUUUUCAACUGAAAAUAUUGUCCACAGACAUUAAAACCAAUUCCAUACAUGGACACACACUCCAGAUUGGAUCACCACAAUUACCUGUAUGAAAGUGCGUGCGUGCGUGCGUGCGUGCGUGCGUGCGUGCGUGCGUGUGUUUUUUGAGUGAAUGACCUGAGGCUUUGGCGUAGUUGGUGAAGCAGAGUGGGAUGACAUGCCUGUACGGGAAGUCCUGUCUUCUGGAGGAUCUGACACUAUAUAGCUUCCCCUGAAGCUGUUACACACUGCAAUGCUGAGUAACACACACACACACACACACACACACACACACACACACAUACCACUGAUCCACAUUUUCUCAAAAGACUGUCACAAGAAAUUGUGAACACUGCCUUUUUAAAAUCCUGUAUGUCUCAUCCCUGAAUUCUCUUUCAGGGAAGUCAUGGCAGAUGAAGGGCAUUUUGGGAAUGUCAGGCAUUUGGUUGCACUCUUCUCUCACUCACUCUCGCUGACAUGCUUGAACUUGCCUAGGUCAGAUAAUCGCUGUGGGAAGUAGAUGAGAGAUGAGUCGAGAGCGUAUCAUGUUAAAAAGUCACACACUCUGUCUUCCUCACACUCAGCCGGCCUGUCAGACGCUCAUGCGGACAAAAGACAGCGUUGUGUUAGCGCACGGUGGAAUUGAAGUGUUAAUUUAAAAUGUCAGCACCUGAAUGUUUAACGUGCGAACGUGACUUUGAACGUGAGCAGCUUUUAGAAAUGUUGAAGGGAAUUAUUUAAGCCACUGUGGUCAACUUGUAUGUUUACAUCAUUGAUAAAUAUAAAUAAAUAAAUUCUAUAAAUAAAUUCUAGAAUCUAAGCAACUAUUUGGGAUUUUUCUGCCAUUUGUCUCAGAUUAUUUUACAUAGUUGGUCAGUUUGUCUAAAACAGAUUAACAUCUUCCCGAAUCUGUACAUGCUUUAGAUCACUCAUGAAAUUUUUGAAGUAUUCUGGAGAACAUUCAUUGCACUGCUGGUGGGUUACUCCAACUGAUCAGCCACAGAAUACCCUUAAUGCAGUUCUGUUUUUUUUUACCGACACAACUUUAGACAUGCAGUUCCUGUGUUGUCUUUCCCAGCCCGUGCCAGUAGAGGUCACUGUCUCUCACUAACACUCAUGGCUGCACUGUGAUUAUUCUGAUCCUUUUUUGUCCAGCUCUUCUCCUCCUCGUCUCGACCUCUCACAUGUCCUUGCAUUAGGGAGGUAAUGUCACCGUCUCACUCCAGAGAACCGCAGUCUGAGAGAUUUAAAGUUCGUCCCUUCUUCGUCUUGGGUGUGUCCAUCAUCCGUCCUGUGUUUAUCUUGCUGGGUUUCAUUAUGACCCUGACAACCUCGACUGAGCGUCAUGUCUUUUUAGUUCCAUCCUUUUGUUUUAGCAGCUGUGAUAAUUCAAUAAUGACAUAAGAGGAGGUUCGUCCUAAAGAAAGCACAGGCGGAGUGCGGGAGAGCUCCCUGACAAUUAUUUACUCUACUCCCCGUCUUCGGCACGCUCAUUCUACUUCUAUUGUACUCGAAUGUUUAUCUACCUUAGCACAUGUAAGUCCUUUCAGAUACACUGUGAAGCCUCUCUCUCUCACACACACUCUCUCUCUUGUGCACUUGCUUACUUUCCCUAAAAUUCCCGCGAGCAGGAGUGAGGGCGCAGAGGUCGAAGGAGCCAUUGUUCCUGCUCAUGCUCGUCUGGGCUAGUGGUCGCCAGGAUGUUCCCCGACGGCGUUUCCCCGCUGCCCGGCCCUCUUCCACUCUUAGAGAGCCAAUUUCCGUACAACAGCAGCCAAUUCUGCUUUAUUGUAUUAUAAUAGAGGCGAGGAAAGAAACGAUCUCUGCCUCCGCUGAUUGAAGUAGAUGAUUGUGUAUGUGCAUGCAAGGAGCACAGGAACGAGGGAUUAAUCUUUUCUUUAAUGACCCCCUGAGAAAACAAGGCGAGUGUUGCUGGGAGAGGCUGGAGAGAAGGUUAAUUAAACAGCGGGGCUGGGUCACAUUCACAAAGGUCCCUUUUUUGUGGCAUGAGGGUUAUGAGAAAGAGAGAGAGAGAGAGAGAGACGGAGAGAUAUUUGGCUGGAAGGAGGCUUGCUUGUUGCUGCCGGGUUACUGAGCUCUCUGCUGUAAUCCAUCCCUUGAUUGGCUUUAAGGGCUCAGUCCAGGGCUGAAUGAAAUGUCAUCUAGAGCAGGACAUGCCAUAGACUGAGGCCACAUACCCCCCUCUCAUUCUCCUUCUCCCUCUCAGUGUUUCUUAUCUACAGAAAUCCACACACCACCCUGUAAAAGAAUGUUCAAGUUAGUGCUUUAUACUGCAGCUGCAGUAUAACAAAUGUGCCAUUCAAACCCCGGAAGAUAAACAAACAGAUUUUUUGCUGUUUUCGCUUACAGAGCAGUCGAGUCACAGCAAAUGAAUUGUUGUAGCAAGCACAAGAUUUUGUCACAAGCCCAAGUCUUGUGUGUUGUGUCCCAAACGCAGAAGAUGCAGACUCUGGAGCGAAUACACAGUAGGAUACACCUCUCAGAGUUACUGGACCAUCAGUAGGUUUGUUUCAUCCGUGCACACAGUUGAACACAACCUGCUUCCCAUCACAGAACUAAUACUGUUUCAGCUUAAAGCAGAGUGAGCUCAACAAGACCUCACAGUAAUCACUGUAGUAUUAUUCUGGGAAAAUUGGACCGAAAAAAGGUCUUGAAGGUCAAUAAUAAUGCAUUCUUUAGCAACUUUACACACAAUGGAUUUGUUACUUUAUUUAUUUUGUAAAAUGCUGAAUGUGCACUUUGGAAUUUGUGUUUAAAAAAAAAGGCUGUUUUUGUGGAGACUUGUUUGAAUAAAUAUGAAGCAUUGUCA